ACGAAUCAUCAAACCCACCACGAAAAGUUACCAACUUUGCUAAUCACGACAAUCUGGGAUCCUCGUUAGGGUUCUUGUCUCUGCUCUCGAUCACGGAUCGUUAUCAUUCCCGCUACUUCCCCCAUCUUCGAUUCAUCAAACCCACAGCGUAAAGUUACCAACUUUGCUUGUCUCUGCUUCGAUCCCCCUUAGAUCCGUCUCAGAAAUGGCGGAUUCGAUUCCGUUUUAUCUCAACAUUGUGGCGUUUCUAUGCACUGUUGGAGCCAUUGCUCUUGCAAUAUUCCACAUCUAUAGGCAUCUCUUGAACUACACGGAGCCAACUUAUCAGAGAUAUAUCGUACGCAUUGUCUUCAUGGUCCCGGUUUAUGCCUUCAUGUCAUUCUUGUCUCUUGUCCUCCCUACAAGCUCCAUUUAUUUUGAUUCCAUACGAGAAGUUUAUGAAGCAUGGGUCAUUUACAACUUCCUCUCCCUGUGUUUGGCUUGGGUUGGAGGUCCAGGAGCAGUAGUGCUUAGCUUAAGCGGCCGCUCUCUACAACCAUCAUGGUGUCUCAUGACUUGUUGCUUUCCUCCCUUAACACUCGACGGGCGUUUUAUUCGAAGAUGCAAGCAAGGUUGUCUGCAAUUCGUAAUCCUGAAGCCUAUCCUAGUGGCUGUCACACUUGUGCUUUACGCAAAAGGGAAGUACAAGGAUGGGAACUUUAACCCUGACCAAGCGUAUCUCUAUCUUACCAUCAUCUACACCAUAUCCUACACAGUGGCUUUGUACGCGCUUGUGCUGUUUUACAUGGCGUGCAGAGAUCUGCUUCAGCCGUUCAAUCCGGUCCCGAAGUUUGUGAUCAUUAAGUCUGUGGUCUUUCUAACUUACUGGCAGGGUGUUCUAGUUUUUCUUGCUGCAAAAUCUGGAUUCAUAAAGACCGCAGAGGAAGCAGCUCAUUUUCAAAAUUUCAUAAUUUGCGUCGAGAUGCUUAUUGCUGCAGCAUGCCAUUUCUAUGCUUUCCCAUACAAGGAGUAUGCGGGUGCCAAUGUUGGUGGAUCUCGCAGCUUCUCAGGGAGCCUAACACAUGCUGUGAAACUAAACGACUUUUACCAUGACACUGUUCACCAGUUUGCUCCUACUUAUCAUGACUACGUGCUCUAUAAUCACAACGAGGGUGGUGAAGAGGGGACAAAGAAGUACAGGUCGAGAACAUUUGUGCCAACUGGGCAAGAGAUGGAUGCAAUGAGAAAGAACAAACCAGUUUAUGCAAACAAGAUAGACGGUGUUUCGGUUUCAAGUAGUCUAUCCUCAAAUGCAAGCUCACCUAAAAGCUCCAGCGUGACAUCUGAUCCUGUGCGCUCUGAAGCUGUGAAGUCUUCUUUGCUUGUUGACGCCUCGGAUUCUCUUGAUACAAUGUAUGAUAUGACGCUCAUUGACAUUGAUAUAUCUAGUUUCCCAAGCAAUGUCCCUUCAGCAAAUGAAAGUGGGCCCAGAUAGGAGCAGAAGAAAAAAAGAUGUAGCAAGCACCGUUUAAAGGUACAAAGACGUGCUCCUAAGAGUUGGAUUCGGAUGAAUCUUCUCAGGUGUGUUCUUAGUUGGAAGAUGUUAGUAGAAGACUUGAGGAUAAAUGAAAAGAGCUUCUAAACCAGUUUGCAUUUACUUCUUGUAGCUUUAUAUGAUGAGUCUUCUACUCGCAUUCUCUCUUGCAGCAUGUUUGAGAAUUGCUUAGCAGCCAGAAACGUUAUUCAUAUACGUGUAACUAGUUGGGUUGCAGAAUCUUUAGAAGUUUACAUUUUGUGUGUUCCAUGGCGUUUGAGAGCAUUGUAAGGCCUUGAAACUCUCUCUCAACGGCUAAGGUUAACCAACCACUGAUCAUAAUUUGA